UGUAGCCCAAGCCUUUCUCAGGGUGAGCUUUUUAUUUUAAGCAUGGAAGCCAUGUUCUGGGUUGAUAUACUUAACAAGAACAGUUAGCCAGAAGCAGAACUACAAAAGCUAAAAAAGCACAUUUAGAGACUUUCCCAAAACUAUGAACUUGGAUGGAUUAGGCCUUUGUUUUAGUUUUGGCAGGUGGUGCUGUCUACAUACUGAGUUUCCUGGCCUGAAUGGUACUUCCAUCAUGGAGUCAGUGGUGCUACAGCCUGGGGCCCUGCUGUAGUCUCUUCAGCAUAUAUUAGAAUUCUGAAGAAGUGGACUCUAAUGCCAGUGAGGAAGUGAACUUGCUAAUGAGAAUGAAGGAAUAGUUGAAAAAAAAAAUGACCUUACAGAGAACUGAAAUAGAUAAUAGCUGGGGUGCCAAGGUGGGCCCAUAAGAAAAAUCCCAGUUUGAAAAGCAAAGGCAAUGAGCAGUAAAAACAUCUUUGGGGAGAUGGCCCAGUUGGUCAAAAUCUUUGUUAUUCAUGAGGACUUGAGUUCAGAUUACCAGCGCACACUCAUGUAAAGCCUGGCAUUGUGGCAUGUGUGUAAAGUGAAGGUGUGACCGCUUCAAGGAAAAGGAAAAGAGAUGGUGAUGAGGAAGACAACCAGCAUUCCCCUCAUUCAAAGAGGAGUAAGGAGGACCAGGCCUUCCAGGACGCCCAUGCAAUAGAGUCUGGAUUUUCCUGGCUGCACACAUUCCUUCCCGCUAUCGCCUAGUUAUUGCACAAGCCUCCACCUUCACUUUUUCUCCUGGAACCAGGGCUCAGUGUGGUGUCCAGCUCAGACUAGACCCCAUGGAGCCACUGCAGAAAUGGGAUCCGAUGUCGAUUUCCGUGCCCUCCCGCAUGGCCGCUGUGAAGAGCUCCCAAGAGGCCUCGGCAGCCCCUCAGCCUUCCUCCUCAGAGAAGCUAAGCUUGGGCCUCGGUGGCCUGAACCUCAGCCGUGGCCCUGGCUCAGGUGUCCCUGCCCCUCUGUCAGAGGGGCUGCUCCAGCAGCAGGCCCGGGAGAAGAAGGCCCUGUGGCAGCAGUACUGGGAAAAGCAGGGCUUUCCUCAGAGGAAGAAAGUCUUCCUGAGGCACUCUAGACGCUGGCAUCGGGAUCACAUGGCACCUUAUCUGCUUGAAAGGGAUGUCAGAGGCCAGAAUCCGCUCCGAUGCCAGGGCCACGUGCCGAAUAUUGCAGGUGCGAGUGGAGAGAGGAAUGCGGCCCCCAACCCUCCCUCUUGGGAAACGCUGGUGCAGGGCCUCAGCGGCCUCACCCUCAGCCUGGGAGCCAACAGACCCGGCCCCCUGCCAGAGGGGCCUCGGCAGCAGCAGGAGCCAGAGGAGAUGUGCCAGCUGGAGAGGCCGCAGGAAGGCAUGAGGAUGUUCCAGAGGAUGCUCAAGUAGAGCAGCAUGGAAGCAGGCUGAGGAGC